AUUUGAAGAUUCCAAAUAGCACACAGCAAACCUUGAACCCCAGCAAAAACCUUUCCUCAAGUAAACUUUUCAAAGAUUAUAAAUAUCAAAAGAUUUUCUUUUAUUACAAAAAAAAAAGUUCAUAUUUUAAAGCUGUUUUAUGUUGAAGAAAAUGGUGUAUUACCAGAGAUAUCAUCAAUGGAGAAAAGGGGAUGUUCCUUUUGUUUGUGAAAACAGCAAAAGAGUAGCAAGACCUAAGCUUUUGUUUCUUGUUUUUCUAUCUUUUAUGUCUUUUAGCUUUAUUUUAGCUCCUCUUUUCUUCCCAUCUGCUCCUACUCUUUCUCUUUUAUAUUCAUUUGGUUUUGAAGAUGAAGGGGUUGUUUCUACAUCAGAUGUAUAUGCUUCUGUUUGUUCCUCUGUCUCUAAUGGGUCAAUUUGCUGUGAUAGAAGUAGCAUUCGUUCCGAUAUCUGUGUGAUGAAAGGGGAUGUAAGAACAGAUUCUGUUUCCUCCACAAUUACCCUCUACAGAAGCAACGGUUAUGGCAGUCAAGUUAUUGGGGCCUCUGGUGAAAAUGAUGAGAUAUUCCAACACGAAAAGAUUAAGCCGUAUACUCGGAAAUGGGAAAAAAGUGUGAUGGACACCAUUGAUGAGUUGAACCUUGUUACAAAGGGAGAGAAUUCUGCUAUUCAUCAGAAGUGUGAUGUUCAACAUGAUGUGCCUGCUGUGUUCUUCUCUACUGGAGGUUACACUGGUAAUCUUUACCACGAAUUCAACGAUGGGAUUAUGCCUCUUUACAUAACUUCUCAGCAUUUCAACAAGAAAGUUGUGUUUGUAAUACUCGAGUAUCAUGAUUGGUGGAUCUCAAAGUACGAGAACAUACUUCCUCACCUCACUGAAUAUCCUAUUAUCGACUUUAGAGGCGAUAACAGGACUCAUUGCUUCCCUGAGGCUGUAGUUGGUUUAAAGAUCCACGAUGAGCUAACUAUUGAUGCUUCAUUGAUGGGAACAAACAAGACCAUUAGGGAUUUCCGAGACAUGCUUGACCGAGCUUAUUUGCCUCGAAUUAGAGGUUUGAUCCAAGAAGAGGAACAUGAAACACAAUUGGAUAAGAAUAUAUCUGCUUUUUCACCGUCAGCUAAGACAAAGAUAGAAACGACUGAAGAAAAGCUGGACGUGAAGAAACCUAAAGUAGUCAUCAUAGCUAGAAACGAUUCAAGAGCUAUACUCAAUGAAGCUUCAUUAGUUAAAAUGGCACAAGGUAUUGGGUUCCAAGUGGAAGUUUUGAGGCCUCAACGAACGACUGAGCUAGCAAGAAUCUAUCGAGCUCUUAAUUCCAGUGAUGUUAUGAUUGGAGUUCACGGUGCUGCUAUGACUCAUUUCCUUUUCAUGAGGCCUGAUUCUGCUUUCAUCCAAAUCAUUCCGCUAGGAACAGAUUGGGCAGCAGAUACAUACUAUGGACUACCAGCAAGGAAGUUAGGUCUCAGGUACAUUGGCUACAAAAUCCUUCCACAAGAAAGCUCUUUGUACAACGAGUACGAGAAAACUGAUCCUGUUCUUACAGACCCCGAUAGUGUGAACAACAGAGGAUGGGAGUUCACGAAAAAGAUCUACCUUGAUCGUCAAAAUGUGAAGUUGAACCUUCGAAGGUUCCAUAAGAGACUGCUUCGUGCGUAUUACUAUUCUAUGGCAAAGAAGAAUGGUCAUCUUCAUCAUCAAAAUCAGUAAUCCUUUUCCAUCUUUUCGGUUACUGGAGUGGACGGGAAUUAUCUCAUUAGUUUAUAGUUCUUAAGAGUUGUACAUCAAUACUCGCAAGAAAAAAAAAGCAACUUUUUUUUUGUAUAGAUCAUUUUGCAUUUGUUGUAAAUCAAGUAGGAAAAAUACAUUUUGCUAUAUACUUCAUUCACUUCAUUUUUUUUUCUCCUAA